AUGGCCCGUGCCGUAGACGAGGACGAAUUCGUUCUUACAAUCUCCGACAAUGAGGAUCUGCCUGUCAGCGACAUCGACACGGACGACUCGGAAACGGUAGAGCUCCGCCGCUCCAGCACCAAGCGCAAGCGGGAAGAAAAGGAACCCAUCCGCAAGAAUAAGAAACAAAAGGUUCAAAGAGGGGGAGAUCAGCAUGACGAGGAGCGCAUUGCACCAGACGACAGUUCAGAAAGUGGAGAAGAAACGGGUGUCCAAGAUGGUGCCCUCGAUCCCGAUUUCGAGUUUGACAUCGGAGCGAACCAGCUGCAAGAGGACCUCGAAGAAUUUGACGGAUGGGGCGAGGAUAACAUAGCAGCAAAGAAUCGAGAGCAAAAGAAAAGAGGAGUCGACAUUGACGCCAUCAUUGCUCGUCGCACAGAGAAGAAGGCAAGAUCCAUUGGGUCCAAGAAAUCGGGAGAGAAAGUCGAAGAAUCACAUGGUGGUGAAGGGAGUGACGAAGACGAUGUGGAGAUCCCCGACUUUGAAGACGACGAACUUCUAGCUCCAGAUACUUUCGGUGCGGAUGCUGUCUCUGAAGACGAGGAAGACGAGGCAGAGUCCGAGGCAAACAACGAGCAAGAAGAGGAUGAGGACGAGGACGCCGACAAUGCUUCCGACAGCGACUCAGUGGCAUCUCCCACGGCUCAUCCAGAGGAUCUAGCCUCUGAUCAGUCCGAUGCUGAAUCGCAAACGACUGUCUCGGAAGAUCCUGACGAGAAGGCUAAACGUGCUGCGUUCUUCGCUCCUGAGGACAAAGCAACACAACAGCGCGACAUCAAAUCUGCAUCCUCUUUCCAACAAUUCUCUCUGUCGCGGCCCAUCUUGCGCGGCUUAGCCGCUCUCUCAUUCACUACCCCAACACCCAUUCAAGUCCGCGCCAUUCCCGUCGCCUUGCAAGGCUUAGAUGUGGUCGGGUCCGCCGUGACAGGCUCAGGCAAAACCGCGGCGUUCCUCCUCCCCAUCCUCGAGCGCUUGCUGUACCGGCCCAGAAAAGUCCCCACGACGCGAGUCGCCAUCCUUAUGCCGACCCGCGAACUUGCAGUCCAAUGCUACAGUGUGGCCACUGCACUGGCUCGAUUCACAGAUAUCACAUUUGCGCAAGUCGUGGGUGGCUUCUCCUUGCGCGAACAAGAAACAAUUCUGAAAAAGCGGCCCGAUAUCGUGAUUGCUACGCCAGGUAGAUUUAUCGACCACAUGCGCAACUCGGCCAGCUUUGCCGUCGAGAACAUCGAAAUCCUGGUGCUGGACGAAGCAGAUCGGAUGCUCGAAACCGGAUUUGAAGACGAGCUGAACGAGAUCUUGAGGACCAUCCCCAAAGGGAGACAGACGAUGCUCUUCUCUGCCACCAUGACCGACAGCGUGGAUAAAUUGGUAAGGGUCGGCAUGAAUCGUCCUGUGCGCUUAUCCGUCGACGCCAAGAAGUCUACAACAGCAGGUCUAGUUCAGGAAUUCGUCCGUCUCCGCCAAGGACGAGAGGGUCUGCGUCUGGCUACUUUAUGCGUACUGUGCCUGAAGUUCUUCACCGAACGCACAAUCGUCUUCUUUCGUCAGAAGAAGGAAGCCCAUCGUGUACGUGUUGUGUUUGGUCUACUGGGCCUGAAGGCCGGCGAACUGCAUGGAAGCAUGACGCAAGAACAACGCAUCAGUGCAGUCAAUGCCUUUCGAGACGGGAAAACCACGCACCUCCUUGCCACGGACCUUGCCAGUCGAGGUCUCGACAUCAAGAAUGUCAUGACAGUCGUCAACUAUGAAGCACCGCAGACACAUGAGAUCUAUUUGCAUCGAGUGGGUCGUACGGCCAGAGCGGGCCGCUCGGGCCGUGCGUGCACAAUUGCCGCAGAACCCGAUCGGAAAGUGGUCAAGGCGGCUGUGAAGAGCGCAAGACAACAGGGCGCGAAAGUGGUGUCCCGAGUCAUGGAUGUCCAAGAGGUCGACGCUAUGAAUCGACGGCUUGAAGACCUAGAGCCGGAGGUCGAAGAGAUCCUGAAAGAAGAGAAAGAAGAAAAGCAGCUCGCCGCUACCGAGGCCGAAAUCACGCGUGGAGAGAACAUCAUCAAGCACGAGUCCGAAAUCAUGGCUCGGCCAAAGAGGACGUGGUUCGAGACUGAGAGAGAGAAACGUGAUGCCAAGAAUAAGGGGCGGAUGGAGUUGAACGGGCCGGACGGGGUGGGAAGUGUGAAAGUGCGGACAGAGAAGAAAAAGUUGAGUAAUAAAGAUAAGAAGCGUUUGGAUGAUGCGCGUGAGCGGAAGGAGGGGAAGAUGUGGAGGAAGGGCAAGGGCAGUGAGGAUGCGGUAAAGCGGAUGAUGAAGGAGAAGGGAAAGAAGAAGAAUAAAAAGCACGGUGGAAGGAUGAAGGGUAAGAGGUAA